AUGCCGUACAAAGCGCUGAGAGGCUGUGUGAUAGUCACAGCUGGCAGCGGCGAAAAAGAUUGGAAUACCAAUCAGAUCAGCCAGUGGAUCAAAGAAGCAUCUGGUACCUUCGAGCGCGCCGUCACGGAGUCCACGACUCACCUGGUCAUCACUAAGAAACUGUGGGAUACGGGUGGCAUGAUCGCACAAGAGGCGAUUCGUCGCCAGCGGCAAGGACAGAACAUAAGCAUCGUCAGCUUUGACUGGCUCGAUCACUGCUUCACAACCAAGUCCAAGAAGAAGGAGAAAGCGUACAAGUUCUUGGUCAAAGACUUGUCGGCCAGCGGCGGCAAAGAUGAUGCUGGGCCGCGUUCCCACACCGGUCUCCUUAAGGAGCUCUACCUUGAGAACACAGAACUUACGCCAGCCCAGCAGAAGCUCAACGAGAAAAAGCAGGCCAUGGAAGAAGCAUUAGCCAAGGAGCGCGCGGCCGAGAAGGAGGCCACGCGGCAGCAGCACCUAGACACGAGCCACAGUCUUACGGAGCUGGGGCAAAUCUUCAAGAGAGGUGCUAAGAAGGCGAGCACGAUUCUGUUGAACUCGAACCAUCACAUCUACCAGGAUGUAACUGGUUUCUACUACGACAUUACCCUCACAAAAGUCGAUACGGCACGUAACACGAACGAACGGUACAAUCUCGUGUUACAGAUCCUUGAGUCCAACGCCGUCCCCAAUACCUAUGCUUUCAGCACCUCAUUCUCCGGUACGAAGAUCGCACAGGUCACCAACGUCGUUGUGAACGUGGGCGCAAACUUCUCCACCGCGAUGCGCGCAUUUCGCAAUUGCUUCAAAGAGAAGACUGGGGUCAACUGGAACGAUCGUCUGAAAACACCCAAGGAUCGAUCCAGACAUGACGAGCCAAGAAAUCACAUGGACAAGGUCGGGGGUUACGCCCGUGAUCAGCUCGACGUCUCAAACGAAGCGGCAGAUAUUCGCUUCCAGAAUUUCCAGUACUAUCCUCCAAGUUAUGGGGCUGUUGGCCAGCUCGACACCUCAGCACUUGAGACCAGCAAUGAAGACCAGUCCACUCCACAAGCUGGCCUGCAUGUGACGAGUGGCGAGAACGGCAUCAAUACCCCUGAUGUCGCGAAUGAGCACCAUGCUGGUACUCCUGUGGAAGCAGUAUUUGGACCGAGGGAUGUCGAGAAGUUACACGAGGCACAGUCUGUCCCGAACGAGGUUGGCGAGACGCUGGAUCCCAUGACUGCGCCCUUUGACUUUGGAGAGGGCGUCGACUUUGAAGAAAGCGCCGAAUUUGAGAGAACCGUCGCCCACGCCGAUGAAGGCGACGUGGAGCCUACAGUGGAGCCCCAAUACGGAGACGGAGCCGAAUUCAUGGACCUCUCCAGCUACUCUCUUCCGCCUCAGACUUCUGCUGAGCAGACCCACAGCGGGCUUGCAACCACACCACAAGUUUCGAGCCUCGGCAAGCGUAAGGAUAGUGGAGUGGUAGACUCCGCCGAACAUUCGAAGAAGCGCAAGAUCGAUGUGGAGUCCGGCGAGUACAUCAUCGAGAAUACCUCGGAAGCUGGGGACCAAAUUGGAGGUGACUGA